AUGAAAGAUAUGACUUCUAUUUCCAAGACUAACAUUUCUGAAUUAGCACUAUUGGCAAGGAAAUUCAAUUGUUUUUAUUUGUCAGGAUUACGUCAAGGUAUAUGCAAACCAUUUUUAGUAGCCGGACAUCAAGUUGGACUUAUUCGACCUGAUAUACUUAAAUAUCUUCGAACAUUCCCGGAGGUUUUCCGGAUCACAGGGGAGUAUGUAGAACUCAAUCCAGCCUUUAGAAAUUAUCAAGAAAGGACUUCAAAAGUUGCGGAAGUGUUGCAAAGUCUAAGAAAAGAAAAUGAAAUAUGCGCUCUUAAGGGCUGGCGAGAUGAGUGUUUUGAAGUCAGUACCCCCUUUCAUCAUGAGAGUCUACUGGAAAUGGAUAGAAGUGCUGUCUGCCUGUUUGGUAUAAGAAACUAUGGUAUAAGUGUGAAUGGCUACUUGUUUCAUCCUUCUAAGGGUCUUUGCAUCUGGUUACAGCAGAGAAGUUUCACUAAACAAACAUGGCCAGGGAAGUGGGAUUGUUUUGUCAGCGGUGGAUUGGCGGUGGGCUUUGGUAUUCUUGAAACUGCCAUCAAAGAGGUGGCUGAAGAAGCUUCUGUUGUUGGAGAGCUAGUUAAGAAAUUGGUGCCUGCGGGAUGUGUUAGUUUCUAUUUUGAAAGUGAACGAGGUUUGUUUCCGAACACGGAGUAUGUGUAUGAUCUGGAGCUGCCAUUGGAAUUUGUUCCGCAAAAUGCUGACGGUGAAGUUGAAACAUUUGAGCUUCUAACUGCUGAGGAAUGUGUCCAAAGAGCUCUGUCACCGCAGUUUAAGACAACAAGUGCACCGGUUCUACUGGACUUUUUGAUCAGACGGGGCUACAUUAAUCCCGAAAAUGAGCCCAAUUAUAGACACAUUGUGGAGUUGCUUCAUGUGCCGCUGCAAACAAUAUACAACAGUUCUCUUAGAGAUAUAACAUCUAAUGGCGAUGUGCAAAAUUCUGAGAGUUAA